UCAAAAGGACUGUUUGAGAUCGGAUCCAUCAGUUUUCCUUUACCUGAUCACAGUGCUGCCACCGUACCAAUUCACCCUCUUUUGAGAACUUUCCUCUCUUCAGCUUCGCCUUCUACCCACGAGACACGAUGGGCAACUGCAAUUGCGUUCGACGCCAGAGUACCGAUGAGAUCUACCCGUACAGAGUAUCAGAAGGCGACUCAACAUCGAGACAAACCCUGCUAGGGCCUCCACCCCCUUACGAGGUUUCGUCUCCGUCAUCUGGCUCUCCUCGUCACCACGUCGCUCUGAGUGAGGAAGCGAGGAUCGAAUACGUUCAGAAGAUUCAGCGUUUCGCUUUGCUGCAGCAUCUGCCGACGACGGCGUAUGACGUGUCGAAGGAAACAAAGCGCAGAGAGUGUCCAAUCUGUAUGAUGGAUUUUGCUAUUGGAGAUCAGAUACGUCUGAUGCCGUGCAUGCACAUUUACCACCGAGACUGUGUCGAUGAUUGGCUCAUCCGUUCCUUCACAUGCCCCACUUGUAUGGAAGAUGUAGACAUCCAGAUGCUACAAUCACUCUCCAGCAACCCUGUCUCAUAGAGCAGGUGUUAGUAGUGCCGAUCUAUGACAACAGCAACAACAACAACAACAACAACAACAACAAAGUUUCACCUAGCUAUUGUAGAUACGUUAUAUCUUGUGACUGUAAAGUGUAGAUAGAAUGUAUUUAUAAUCCUUUACACUGUAUUUAUGAUAGCAUUUGAAGGCGAUUUACUUAUCACUGUAUUAUGUCCUUUCUUGGGACAUGUAUGUCAAAUGGUCUUACAAAUAUAUUUGGUAUACUACAA